AAUGAAUAAAUUACAAAUUUUUAAAUUGAUUGCAACUUUUCAACAAUUUAAAUUAGUAAUUUCUGAUUUACAUAGUGGAUGUCCUGCUUUGGAUACAAAUUUUGAGCGUGAAUAUUUAUUGCAUCCAUAUCUUGAUGAAACAGAUGUCAAAUAUUACAUAAAUCCAAUUAUUGAAAAUGACAGAUUUGUAUAUGGUACCAUUUUUUUAAUACAAAAUUUGACAAAUAAAACUCAUAAAUUGGCUUUUGGCCUUGGCAUUAAUGACUAUCAGCAUAAAAAACUUUGUAGAAUGUUGGGAUAUGAUGAUUUGCACUUUGUUGCUGAAGUUUGUGAUCCAAAAAAUGACUUUUUAUCAUUGUUACCUACAAAAUUGUUUGGAAUGCACCUUUUGCAAGUUUUACAGCAUAAUGCUGCUUAUCUUGGUUCAUUUUGUUUAAAAUGUUAUAAACUGAAAACUAUGUUUUUUAAUGAUGUUGACAAAUUUCUUGUUAUGAAAUUAAUAUGUCUCAUUGAGAAAAAAGUUCACAUACCACUUGUUAAAUUUAAUCCAAUGUUAGAACAAGUAGAGUUAUUAAAGAGAUUGCCCUAUCAUUCUUAUUGUCCAUCACUAAGCUAUUCAUGGGAAAUGAGACUGGGACUAAUGUUUACCAAAUGUAAAUGGACUGAAGAUUUAUUUAGUGGAUGCCUUCAAGAAGAAUUUGUUAGGGGAUAUCUCUAUUAUGCUAAUUGUAUUGAUGAUAAAGUUGCUGGUAAGGCAUAA